AAAACGACCUUCUCCUGUCCUGCAUCUGCAUGCAAUAAGCAGCCGCUUUAGUGCUGCCGUGCAGAGAGUACUUCCAUGCUGCUCCUGGCCGUGCCGGCCGUGCUGGCCGGGUUCCUCAAGGCGUUCCGCCUCGCCUUCCUGCUUUGGCCGCUCAACCUCGCGCUCCCGCUGGCGCGCGACCUGCCGCGGGCCUGCAUCACGGUCCGGGCCAUCGCGUCCUUCUACGCCGCCGGGCUGCGGGGCUACGUCGCCGGCGCCCGCCGCGGGGUGCAGCUGCUGCAUGCGCGGAGACAGCUGGGCCAGCAGCAACAGCAGCUCGCCGCCUCCUCCUCCUCUUCUUCCUCCUCCUCGGCGCUCGGCGUGGCGUGGACGCGUGAGGAUGCCGAUGUCGUCGCCCAUGCCAUGCUCGCCUUCGACGACAUCUACUGAUGAUCUGCAAGGGGAUCUUCUUCGAACGGUUAUGUUAGCGUGCCGUUAUAUCUCUUGGCCGCUCCUUUGGUUAAUUUUAGCGUGCGUAAUUAAGGAUCAUAGCUUCGUUCCUCCAAACAUAUCCUGUUUCCUCAGAACUUUUCUAGUCGCGUGGCCGCUUUUUGGUCCUCUCUCUCGCUCGUUUUCUGCAUAUAUACUCUAUUCUUUUU